GCAUGCGCAGAACACAGGAAGUGAAAAGGGCUGAACUCAGAGCUAGAAAUAAUAACUAGAUGCUUUUUAUCAAAUAACAACCACUUCUGUUGUUGAUAUUAUAACUAAUUACUAACCAUGGAGCUGUCUGAAAUAUUGUACAACAAAGCGGAGUACAUUGAAACGGCUUCUGGAAACAAAGUGAGCAGGCAGUCCGUGCUGUGCGGGAGUCAGAACAUCGUACUGAACGGCAAAACUAUCGUGAUGAAUGACUGCAUCAUCAGGGGGGACCUGGCUAAUGUAAGAGUGGGUAGACACUGUGUUGUAAAAAGCCGGAGUGUUAUUCGACCACCUUUUAAAAAGUUCAGCAAAGGUGUGGCGUUUUUCCCGCUCCACAUUGGAGACCAUGUCUUCAUCGAGGAGGACUGUGUGGUCAAUGCAGCGCAGAUCGGUUCCUAUGUCCACAUCGGCAAGAACUGUGUGAUAGGUCGUCGAUGUGUGCUGAAAGACUGCUGCAAGAUCCUAGACAACACGGUGCUUCCUCCUGAGACAGUGGUGCCACCUUUCACCGUCUUCUCCGGAUGUCCAGGUCUGUUUUCAGGAGAGCUCCCAGAAUGCACACAGGAUCUCAUGAUUGAUGUAACCAAGAGCUACUACCAGAAGUUCCUGCCGCUCAGCCAGAUCUGAACCACACUGCUACACUUUAAGCCAGCCCUGCGUUCAGACGGGUGGGAGCUCCUGGAGAACUGCACUGGACUUUUCUCAUCAAAACGUCACACUAGGAUUUCAUUUAACUGCUCUUCCAAAUCCUUACAUUCUCUCCAACAUGUCAGAUACAGAAACAACCUGGCUCCUGAUUUAUUUUAUACACCAAUGUUUUUCCUCAUCUGCUGCUCGUAAGUGAAGGAGAGGUCAAGACCUUAUAAAAUUCAGCCAGUGGAUCUUCAGCAGCGUUGGCUGUAUAUGUAACCCUACACCUUCGCCCUUAAAAUGAAACAGUAUGCAUUAGUUUGCUUUUUUCCCCUACUGUACCCCAGACUUUGUUGAACCCUGUUUUUAUUUUUAUUUUUUUAUUUGAUCUCGUUGUUGAAGGUUGGGCCUGCUUUGCAUUUGUCAUUUAAGUUUACAGUUGUUGCAACACUCAAUUAUUUAAGCCUGUAAAUAAAUGCAAAUGUGUGAAAUUGUCUAAA